AUGUCGUCCUCGGCUUCGCUCAAGAAUGCCACGGUUCAACCCAAAUUUUAUCACUCGCCACCUUUCAGUACGGAUGCUCCGGGCUACAAACCCGUACAAGGGGAGACUAUUCCAAGAAGACAUCCUUUGACAGCCAACAAGCUUGCGACUCGUCCUUCCGAAGAUGUUUCAACUGUUUUCGAUAUAAUCAAACGAAGCUCCGAGAAGUAUGGCAAUGCCAAAGCUGUCGGGAGUCGAACAUUGAUCAAGACUCACCAAGAAGUGAAGAAGGUGAAGAAAAUGGUCGAUGGUGAACAACAAGAAAUCGAUAAGAAGUGGACAUACUUUGAACUCAGCGAGUACAAAUACUUGAGUUUCGCAGAAUAUGAGAGAUUAAUCUUACAAAUUGGGGCUGGUUACAGAAAGCUUGGGUUGAAGAAAGAGGAUCGAGUGCAUAUUUUUGCUGCAACAAGUGCUCAUUGGUUAGCAUGUGCCCAUGGCGCCGUUUCUCAAUCAAUGCCGAUUGUCACCGCAUAUGAUACCUUGGGAGAGGAAGGCCUCAAACAUUCUCUGGUUGCAACCAGAGCGAAAGCUAUCUUUUUGGACCCUCAUCUACUACCAACCUUGAUCAAUCCCCUCAAAGAAGCUAAAGACAUUCAAUACGUUAUCUGGAACAGUCAGAAUGAGGUCAAGCAAGAGAACAUCGAUAACCUCAAGAAGGCACAUGAGAAGCUGAAGAUUUUGAGCUUUGAAGAGUUACGAAAGCUUGGUGAAGAAAACCCCGUCGACGCAGUAGCUCCCGCUCCGGAAGAUUUGUGCUGCAUCAUGUAUACCUCGGGUUCUACCGGACCACCAAAGGGUGUGCCAAUUAAGCACAAGGCAGUUGUUGCAGCUGUCGCUGGUGUUAACGUAAUUGUCGAGCCAUAUCUUGGUCCUGGUGACGGCCUUUUGACGUAUCUUCCUUUAGCUCAUAUUCUCGAAUUUGUUUUCGAAAAUGCUUGUUUAUACUGGGGCGGAACUAUGGGUUACGGAAACCCUAAGACUUUGUCGGAUACAUCAGUCAGAAAUUGCAAGGGAGACAUUCGAGAGUUUAAGCCGACUGUAUUAGUGGGUGUUCCCGCUGUGUGGGAGUCGGUCAAAAAGGGUAUCGUUGCCAAAGUCAACGGUGGAAGUCCAAUCGUCAAAAAUCUGUUCUGGGGUGCACUUUGGGCCAAGAACAACCUUUUACGUUAUGGUCUUCCGGGUGCUGAGGUUUUGGAUGCUCUGGUGUUUAAGAAGGUCAAGGAUGCUACUGGUGGAAGACUAAGAAUUUGCUUGAAUGGUGGUGGACCAAUCGCCAAAGAUACUCAGCGAUUCAUUUCCAUGGCCAUUACACCAAUGAUUAACGGAUAUGGAUUAACGGAGACCACGGCUAUGGGUGCUUUGAUGGAUCCUAUGGAAUGGACUGAUGAAGCAUUAGGUGAUAUUCCUGGUUGUAUUGAAAUCAAGCUUGUUGAUUUCCCAGAUGCUGGAUAUUAUGCAACCAACAAGCCAAACCCUCAAGGAGAAAUUUGGAUUAGAGGAGAUACUGUCAUGGAAGGCUACUAUGAGAACCCUGAAGAAACAGCAGAAGCUUUGACUGCAGAUGGAUGGUUCAAGACUGGUGAUAUUGGAGAGUGGGACAAGAACGGCCAUCUCAAUAUCAUUGACCGAAAGAAGAACUUGGUCAAGACUCAAAAUGGAGAAUAUAUCGCACUCGAGAAACUCGAAUCUAUUUACCGCUCAGCUACCGUGGUAGCGAAUAUCUGCGUUUAUGCCGAUUCACAGAAAACCAAGCCUGUGGCUUUAAUCGUUCCAGCUGAGCCUGCAUUGAAGAAACUGGCUGAAAAGGUUGGUGUUCAAGGAGCUAGUUUGGAGGAAUUGAUACACGAGAAGAAAAUCCAAGAUGCUGUUCUGAAAGAAUUACAAGCAGCUGGUAAGGCUGGUGGAUUAUCGGGAAUUGAAAUCAUUGAAGGUGUUGUCUUGUCCGAUGAAGAAUGGACUCCUCAAAGUGGAUUGGUAACUUCGGCACAGAAACUGCAGCGAAAGAAGAUUUUGGAGAAGUACAAGAAGGAAGUCGAUGCUGCAUAUGCUAGAAAUAACUAG